GUCAGCGCAACACAAAGUGACUAAAGCGAUCUUAUCCAGUGCGUUUAUUUGUUCAGUGCGAUAUCUGAAGUGAUUUUAUUCUGUGUCAAGUGUAUUAUAGACGAUCAUCAUGCCAGGAAAAAUGCCAGCUAUUGGAAUCGACUUGGGAACGACCUACUCCUGCGUUGGUGUGUGGCAGCAGGGGAAGGUGGAGAUCAUCGCCAACGACCAAGGCAACAGGACGACUCCCAGCUACGUCGCCUUCACAGACACAGAGAGGCUGAUAGGAGAUGCCGCCAAGAACCAGGUAGCCAUGAACCCAGAAAACACAGUAUUCGAUGCUAAAAGAUUAAUUGGCAGAAAAUUUGAUGACCCCAAAAUUCAACAAGACAUCAAACAUUGGCCAUUCAAAGUAGUUAGUGACUGUGGUAAACCUAAAAUCCAAGUAGAGUUUAAAGGUGAAAGAAAAGUAUUUGCCCCAGAAGAAAUUAGUUCCAUGGUUUUAACAAAAAUGAAGGAGACCGCAGAGGCCUACCUCGGCGGUACAGUUAGAGAUGCAGUUAUCACAGUUCCGGCUUACUUUAAUGACUCGCAAAGACAGGCUACAAAAGAUGCGGGGGCCAUUGCUGGGUUGAAUGUCCUCCGAAUCAUCAAUGAACCCACAGCAGCAGCUUUAGCUUAUGGAUUAGAUAAGAACCUUAAAGGAGAGAGGAAUGUUUUAAUUUUCGAUCUUGGCGGCGGCACUUUUGAUGUCUCCAUCCUGACCAUCGACGAGGGCUCCCUCUUCGAGGUGAAAGCUACGGCAGGCGACACACAUCUGGGAGGUGAGGACUUUGACAACCGUCUAGUCACCCAUCUAGCCGAGGAGUUCAAGAGGAAGUUCCGCAAGGACAUCCGCUCCAACCCAAGGGCUCUCCGCAGGUUGAGGACAGCGGCCGAGCGAGCCAAGCGCACUCUGUCAUCCAGCACCGAGGCCAACAUCGAGAUUGAUGCACUCUACGAGGGUAUCGACUUCUACACCAAGGUCUCGAGAGCACGCUUCGAGGAACUCUGCUCAGACCUGUUCCGCAACACACUACAGCCUGUCGAGAAGGCGUUGAAUGAUGCCAAACUCGACAAAUCAUCCAUCCACGAUGUAGUCCUUGUGGGAGGAUCCACCCGCAUUCCAAAGAUCCAGAAUCUGCUGCAGAACUUCUUCAACGGCAAGUCUCUAAACCUCUCCAUCAACCCUGACGAGGCUGUCGCCUACGGUGCUGCGGUCCAGGCUGCCAUCCUCUCCGGGGACCAGAGUACUGCCAUCCAGGACGUGCUGCUUGUUGACGUCGCUCCUCUGUCACUUGGUAUCGAGACGGCAGGCGGAGUGAUGACCAAGAUCAUCGAGAGGAAUGCCAGAAUCCCGUGCAAGCAGACACAAACCUUCACCACCUACGCAGACAACCAACCAGCUGUCACCAUCCAGGUCUUCGAGGGCGAGCGUGUGAUGACCAAGGACAACAACCUCUUGGGAACAUUCGACCUAACAGGAAUCCCGCCCGCACCUCGAGGCGUACCCAAGAUCGACGUCACCUUUGACCUGGACGCCAAUGGUAUCCUGAACGUCUCCGCCAAAGACACCAGCUCUGGUAAAUCAAAGAACAUCACGAUCCAGAACAACAAGGGUCGACUGAGCAAGGAGGAGAUUGACAGGAUGGUCAACGAGGCCGAGAGGUAUAAGGAAGAAGAUGAGAAGCAGAGAGAAAGGAUCUCAGCUAGGAACCAACUGGAGAGUUACACCUUCAACGUGAAGCAGGCGGUUGAUGACGCCGGGGACAAACUGAGUGAAGCUGACAAGAACACCGUCAAGCGAGAAUGUGACGAGGUGCUGCAGUGGCUCGACAACAACACUUUGGCGGACAAGGAGGAAUAUGAACACCGACUCCGAGAACUGACCAAGCAGUGCUCUCCGAUCAUGUCCAAGCUCCACGGCGCAGGCCAAGGUGCUCCCGGCGCAGGUGGUUGUAACCCCGGUGCAGGCGGCUUCAACCCCGGCGCAGGUGGCUUUCCCGGUGCAGGCGGCUUCAACCCCGGUGCUGGUGGCUUCCCCGGAGCAGGCGGCUUCAACCCCGGCGCAGGUGGCUUCCCCGGCGCAGGCGGCUUCAACCCCAACUCUGGCCGAGGAGGACCAACCAUUGAAGAGGUUGACUAAAUUUCACCACCCAUGUAUGUUGUAUUUUAAUUCUCAAGACUGGUUCCUAUUUACAUCUUUUUUAUAAUUUCCUGUUAUGAUUUUUGUUUAUUUUAAUUAAGAUUAGCUUAUUGUGAUGUUCUGUAGUUAUAUUGCAUUAUACACAAUAAACUAGUGUUAAUUAUUUAAAA